ACGAGAAGGUGGCGAUGUGGAUUCUUGUCUCGCAGCCCGUGCACCGUCGCAUCUCCGGGACCCUGCUAAUCCAAUUGGCCAAUCGCCGCUUAGAUGAUGGUCUGUAAUUAGAUAAUUGGAUUUUAUGUACUGAUAUGAGAGAGAAAGAACGGCAAUCCAAUGCUUCGAAGCAGGAAUACACUGCCCCAGUCUCACUCACUCGGAGAGGCCGCAUUUCAUAUUGUGGUUCUUGAGAAAUUGGUUGCAAAUCGGAAUUUAGAAGAUUAAACCACCCUCCCCUCCUCCCCUUUUCUGUUCAGCUUUCACGAUUGAAUGGAUUGGUGGUACACGAGACUCCGCGAAGGUUGCGGGGCUGUCACUUCGCGUUAACGGAGGAAAGGAGAUUUUCUACCCGUUCUUCCGGAGCACAGUUUCCACUGAAGGUUAAAAGAAGGGGGCGGGGGGCAAACGGAUGGUCCUGCUGCAGUCCCGGUUCAUUGACUUAGGGAGAGCCGGUGAGCGAGGUGAGGGGGGGAGAGUGAGAGGAGCAGAAAAUAUAUCUAUUAAAAGGAAGGAAGACAGAGAGAAGCUUGCAGAUGAGAAAUACCCGCACUGCUGUGUGACUGGAAACCUUAAUAACUCGACAAAGGAGAGAUUAUUCCAUUAACAAAAGGCUGGGAGAGCAAGCCACGUUGAAUAGGGGUCCCACUGCAGGGGUUUGAAUCUGCAGGGGAGGGGAGGGAGGACCGGAGAGAGGGAGAAGCCAUCGAAGAGGCGGAAAAUGCUGCAAUUGUUCGAAUUGUCAUCUGGAGAGAACAAGUGAGACCCUCUCCUUCUCCUCCUACUCUUCAAGCAGGCAAAGAGAAAUGGGCACUGGACUGCCUGCGUGCAGGAAGACGCGAGGCCUGUAGAUUGAUUUAUUUUCCAUUUCCCCCCCUUCCUGAAUUGUCUUUAACUGCUGGUGACAGUGGGGUGUGUGGAAAGGGGGUGUUGAGAAGGGAAUGCUCGGGCGCCGAGUGCCUUCCGCCGCCGAUCCAUCGCCGAGCUGCCAUCUACUCUGUAAUCGGGCAGAGAAGGGAUCUUUGUUGCCGUAGGGAGAUGGAAGGAGACGGAAUACAUAAGAGGCUUUUCAUGGGAGACCAGGAACAGCGCAGAGUGGCCCACAGAGAUACCUGGAUGUUUUGGUCGAGAAACCUGAGUGAAUUAUGAAUGGGAGUGAUGAUGAUGAUGAUGACGAAGGCACUUCCAACACAGCGGAUGAGACUCAACGUCGGCAGGACUGUUAGCCGCCUGGUGCUGGUGACCCUGUGGACCCUGUCCCUACUGGGGGGGCUGGCCCAGCCGCACGUCUGCCCCAAGGGCUGCUCCUGCAGCAACCAGUUCAGCAAGGUGAUCUGCACCCGCUACGACUUGCGGGAGGUGCCGAGCGACAUCUCCACCAACACCCGCUACCUGAACCUGCAGGAGAACGCCAUCCAGGUGAUCAAGGCGGACACCUUCAAGCAGCUGCGGCACCUGGAGAUCCUGCAGCUCAGCAAGAACCUGAUCCGCCACGUGGAGGUGGGCGCCUUCAACGGCCUCACGAGCCUCAACACGCUGGAGCUCUUCGACAACCGGCUGACCACGGUGCCGAGCGGCGCCUUCGAGUACCUGUCCAAGCUGCGGGAGCUCUGGCUGCGGAACAACCCCAUCGAGAGCAUCCCAUCGUACGCCUUCAACCGGGUGCCGUCGCUGCGCCGCCUGGACCUGGGCGAGCUCAAGAAGCUGGAGUACAUCUCGGACGCGGCGUUCGAGGGGCUGGUCAACCUGCGCUACCUCAACCUGGGCAUGUGCAACCUGGCCGAGAUCCCCAACCUGACGCCGCUCCUGCGGCUGGAAGAGCUGGAACUGUCGGGCAACCGGCUGGAGGUGAUCCAGCCCGGCUCCUUCCAGGGGCUGACCAGCCUCCGCAAGCUGUGGCUGAUGCACGCCCAGGUGCAGCUGAUCGAGCGCAACGCCUUCGACGACCUGCAGUCGCUGGAGGAGCUGAACCUCUCGCACAACAACCUGACUUCGCUGCCGCACGACCUCUUCACGCCGCUGCACCGCCUGGAGCGGGUGCACCUCAACCACAACCCGUGGCACUGCAACUGCGACGUGCUCUGGCUGAGCUGGUGGCUCAAGGAGACGGUGCCCAGCAACACCACCUGCUGCGCCCGCUGCCACUCGCCGCCCGCCCUCAAGGCGCGCUACCUGGGCGAGCUGGACCAGAGCCACUUCACCUGCUACGCGCCGGUCAUCGUGGAGCCGCCCGCCGACCUCAACGUGACCGAGGGCAUGGCGGCCGAGCUCAAGUGCCGCGCCGCCACCUCCAUGACGUCCGUCAACUGGAUGACCCCCAACGGCACGCUGAUGACCCACGGCUCGUACCGGGUUCGCAUCUCGGUGCUGCACGACGGCACGCUCAACUUCACCAACGUGACGGUGCAGGACACCGGGCUCUACACCUGCCUGGUCAGUAACUCGGCGGGGAACGCCACCGCCUCAGCCACCCUCAACGUGUCGGCGGCCGACGGCGGUGGCCCGGCGGGCGGCGGCGGCGGCGCUGCGGGCUCCUCCGCGGGCGGCUCCCCCAACAGCUACAGCUACUUCACCACGGUGACGGUGGAGACGGUGGAGGUGGUGGACGAGCCGCGCUCCACCGAGCACCAGGCCGGGCCCACCCCCUCCGGGGGCUGGGAGGUCUCCGCGGCCUACUCCCCCUCGUCGUCCUCCUCCUCCUCCUCCGCCACGUCGUUGGCACCGCAGUCCACGGAGCGCGCCUUCACCGUGCCGCUGGCCACCGAGGCGGGAGACGGCCUGCUGGCUGGCCUCGACGACGUGAUGAAGACCACCAAGAUCAUCAUCGGCUGCUUCGUGGCCAUCACCUUCCUGGCGGCCGUCAUGCUGGUGGCCUUCUACAAGCUGCGCAAGCAGCACCAGCUCCACAAGCACCGGGGCCAGGCCCGCGCCGUCGAGAUCAUCAACGUGGAGGACGAGCUGGCGGGCUCGGCGCCCGCCGACAGCUGCCUGGCGCUGCCCGCCGCCGACCGCGAGCACCUCAACCACUACGCGGCCGCCUACAAGGCGCACUACGGCAACAACGCGGCCGCGCUGAACUGCACCAAAAACCCGCUCCACAACUCCGUGCACGAACCGCUCCUCUUCAAGUCCGCCUCCAAAGAGAACGUGCAAGAGACGCAGAUCUGAGCAGCACGCCCCACCACCCCAGCAUCUUUUUUUUAUUUUGAGGAAGAGGGGAUUGGGUUGGGUUGGAGUAUAUUGGGGAGGACAUCUCCGGUAGCCACCUCCCUCUGCCCUUGGUGUUGGGGUGGGACAGCUGUGUUGCCACCUGCGUGUUGGGUUGGGUGGAAGGUAUUGGUAAGGAUACUCCUGUGGCCACCUUGCCUCUGCCUUUGGUGUUGCGGAGGACACCUCUGUGGCCAUCCAUCAGUUGGGUUGGAUAGAAGGUGCUGGGGAGGGUACCUCUGUCACCACCUGGCCUCUGCCCUUGGUGUUGUGGAGGACAGUUCUGUUUUGCACCUGCCAGUUAGGUUGGGUAGAAGGUGUUUAGAAGGACAUCUUUUCCUCCAUCUCCCUCUGCCCUUGGUGUUGGGGUGGGGCCACCUUUGUUGCUACUUGAGAGUUGGGUUGGUUAGAAGGUUUUGAGGAGAACACCUCUGAUGCCAUCUUGCCUCUGCCCUUGGUACUUGGAAGAACACCUUCUCUUUCAUUCCACCUCCCCCUACCUGCCCACCCUCUCUCAGUUGCUACCUGCCUCUGCUAUUGGGCCAUGGUGUACUGUGGUCCAGAGAAAGAGAGAGGAGAUGCCAGUUAGCCCGAGUCCAAUUCACUUAAUUUGCACAAGCAGACCCUGCCACUUCCUCACCCGCCUCUCCACCCCACCCCUCGGUUGGGUAAGAGUUGGGCAUGUACUCUUGUCUCAGUGCCUCUUUGCAAACCCCACCCAGCCACUGCCCACCACUGGCCUGAUACUGCCUCUGCCAAGACUGGGCCACCAGUCCAAGCCAUCGGCGUGGUCACUACAGCCCCAUAUUCUUGGUAAGACCAACAUCCAUUUACUGUAGCCACUGGGUCCCCAGUUACCUGGUGACAUAUGCAGUCGUUUGCAUAGUUUCAUCAGUUCUACAUUCCCAAUCGGUCCUGCAGCAUCCCAUCUGUCUGGAGAGGCUGCUGUUUCCAGUGUCCUGUAAGUCAUAUCUUCUUGGCAAGGCUGACAGCUAUUGCCUUUUGCCAUUAGUCCUGUUUUCAUAACCAAACCAGCAACCGUUCACAGUGUCAUAAUUGCAUUCCCAAACAGCAACUAUUUGGAUUUGCUUUCCAGUCCCAGUUUUCUGACCCAACAUUCCAUACUGCAGCCAGCUACAGUGUCACCUCAUACCUUCAUACUGUAUUCCCCUCAUUCCAUUCAUUCUAGGCUCAUAAUCAUUGGCUCUCUCCAACACUUCCACUUUCCUGAGUCUAUUUGGAAUUGCCAGUGAAUACACAAGGUAUAUUUGUUUAUAAAGCCAAAAUUUCCAAAACAAAAAAAUCAUCUAGGUUCAACUGAUACCAAGAGAAUCUGAAGAUCCCUUAAUACCUUUAGUCUUGAUGGAUUCUGAUCAUUUCCACUUAUGUUAUAUCACACUGGGACAAGUACAAAGGGCCCUAUCUAUAGUCUUUCAAGAGUGCCAAGGAGACCGUCUAGAGGGCACGGCACUGGAUGUGAGGUCUUGUAUCUUGGGUGUGGAACCAGUGUCAGAAAUUCUGCAUUGUGCAGCUAGGAAUGGACCACAUCUUCAAGAUAAGAUGAUUCUAGAAAGGCCCUGGGACAUUCUGGAGGUUUUCUUCUUCAAUGCUUCAAAGACAUUGGCCUAGGAAUCUUGGAGUAGCUGCAACAGGUUUCUUAACAAAGAAAAAAAAUGCCCCAAUGAAGGACCUGUCGCUAAGAUUUCAGGAACCUUCAUAUCUUUUCUCCUUCAAGAUGUGUUGCAAUUCACCUGUAGGAUGCUGGAAUCUGAUAUAAAAAAUCUCAAACCAAUUAUUCAGCUCCAAUUUUUACAGAUAACUGUAAGACCUCAACUUUGACCCUUGGGAUUCAGCUAUCAAACCAACCCCCACUCCACGUAUACACACACACACACACACACACACACACUCACACGCACACACAUUUACACACACACUUACUGAAGCAACGUACAAGAAUGCUUCCUGUGGGGCCAGGAGAACUUAAUGAAACACCAGCUCUGUGAAAACGUUCUUCUCGGAAAAAUGGGUGGUGCGGGGAGCACGUUUUAAAUUCAUUGUAAAGAGAAAAAAAAAUGGGUCAAUGCACUUUUUUUUACUUGUCUAGUGUAACGGGCUCUUUCUUGUUCUUUGUCAAUAGCCCCAAUUCUAGGUCAAAAUUGAUCUAGAUCACCGAUUGCAAUGCGUGGUACAACAUCUUUCCAGUCACAAAAUAAAUCCUCUAGUAAUGGA